AUGUCGCGAAUUUCGCAUGCGCUAGUGCCAGUGACGCUGCUGCUAUGGCUGUCGCUCGCCGCGUCGCACUGGCGACGGUCCCUCGGGCAGCAGCUUGAGCAGCAUCUCGGGCAGCAGCUCGGCGAGCUGUCCCGCUUCAGAGACAUGCCUGACGACAGCCCUCGAAGACGAUUAGAGCGCUUCCAGUCCGAUGAGACCCCAAUCCUGCAGUCCCUUCCAACCGCCGCCAUCCGCGCCGUGAAAAGCGCCGGCAGCAGCGCCGACCGCAGCCGCGGAGGCGCCACCAAGGAGGAAGGCGCUUCCGCCGCCGCUGCUGGCUUCCCCUCCUCCGCCUUCCCCCGCGUGUUCGAGUCGGGGCAGGGCUCGUGCGGCUUCCCCGACACGCGCGCAGACGCGGACGAGUGCGUGGCGGACCUGGCGGAGUUCCCCGCACUCAGCGCGCGCAGCGGUUCCGCCACCGUGCGGAAGUUGGCGUGCCUGGCGCACAACUACCUGCGCCCGUGGAUGGGCAUUCCGGGCGUCACCGCGGGGAUGGGCGCGCGGGGAAUGAUAUCUGCGGAAAUUCUGCACCAAAUGGGAACCAUGGCAAAUAUCCUAUCGUGCUCCGGGCACAUCCGAAUCGUGCGCGGAAAACUUUUCUUCCGCCUGGGGGCUUUCCAGUUCGACUGGUACCGCAUGCGCCGAUUCGUCCUUACCGUCAAAAUGAUCCAGGACGCCAUUAGAGCGUAUAAACUGUACAGCCUGAACGCGGAGCUGUUUAUAAACACAUGCGAUCUGCCAACCAGCAAGGCGGACUCGGUCGCGCGGCAGGAUCGCGCGGGAAUGCCUUUGUUCAGUCCGCACGUCGUCCCCGGCUCGCUCGAUAUUCCGUAUCCCGACCCCGUCGAUCUGUCCAAGAGCUACUUCCGAGACGUUGAGGAUAAGGUCCCUUGGGAGCAAAAGCAGGGCCGGGCGGUGUUCCGGGGCGGGAUGACAAACUACCACAUCGCCAUGCCCAUGCACUGGCGCGCCAGCCCUCGCUUCCGCGUGCACCGCAUGGCAGAUGCCCGCCCGGACCUGCUAGACGCGCGCGUCAUGAGCGGUGUGGAUGUGAGAUGGCGUGAGAGCUUGGAGGCGGAUGGGGUGCGGCUGGGCGGGAGAUUAAAGCCCGAGGAACUGCAGGGGUUUAAGUAUGAGCUGGAUGUGGACGGCGGGACAGGGAGCGGCCGGACGUGUGGGAUUCUGGCGAGCAAUCAGGUUCUGAUCCGCCAGGCCAGCGAGUACUAUCAGUUCUUCGACCCGCUGCUGUGCCCGAUGAAGCACUUCCUCCCCACCCACCGCUACUUCAACAACCUUUACUCGCAAAUCCAGUGGGCCCGCGCCAACGACCAACGGGCACGGGAGAUUGUUGCGGCUGCCAAUGACUUUGCCAGUUUCUCCCCGCACCAUUCCCCCUCAAUUUCUCUCAUUUCUUCCCACACUUGUUUCGUCUCUCAUCCCUCCUCUCUCAUCCCUCCUCUCUCAUCCCUCCUCUCUCAUCCCUCCUCUCUCAUCCCUCCUCUCUCAUCCCUGCUCUCUCAUCCCGCUCCCAUCCUGCAGCACCCUGUGCACGUGGGAGGGGUGCCAGCUAUUCUGGGCUAUUUUGCUCGUCAAGUACCCCAAAGUGCCUUAGAGCACAGCGCCAGCAUCACAGCUCCGCCUCCCCUGAUGCCCCUGGCACCCUGUGCAUCACAGCUCCUCCGAUCCCCCUUGAGGGUACUUCUCCCACUCUCACACAACUUUCUUCUCUAUUCCUCACUUCGUCUCGGGCUUCUCUUAUCCUCUCCCCUCAUGCAGCACUCUCUGCACAUGGGAGGGACGGCGUCUCUUCUGGGCCAUCCUGCUCGCUAA